AUGGCGUCCAAAGCAAGAACCAGUAGAAACAGAGAUAUCUGGGGAGGAAUGGGUUUCCUUUUAGUUUUCUUCCCUGAUUUUGAAGAACCCAUUUCAAAUAAUCCCUCAUCAAAGUUACUUUCAUCUUCACUUUCUUCUCCGGCGAGUCUCCAUUCCUUUCUCCGGCGAGUUUCUUCAACUAAUCUACUAAACAGAGCACAAUCCACCAUCUCAAUCUGCGCUUUACUUGUUUUAUUCUCUGUUUUACUCUUCACCCUUUCCACUGUAGAUCCAUUAUCAACCAAACAAUGGAAACAGAAUCCGAAUCCGCCAUUGAUGGAUAAACCAAGCUCAACUCAUCAUGCUUUUCAACGAAUGGGUAAGUUGUAUAGAAGAGGUACUAGGGCCAUGAAUGAUUUAGUAAUUGGACAUAUUUCCGAAUCGAUUACAUCUCAGGAUCUUCGAUUGUUCUUGAGAGUUUUACAUAGGUCUGGUUUAACUUCUAGAGCAGACAUUGUUUUCAUUUUCCCUUGUUCUGUUUCAUCACUUGAAGAUGUAAUCAUGGAAGAGAAUGAUUCGUUUGAGAAACUUCUUACCCGAUCAAACUCGAACGUGUCGGUGGGUUUUGAUCUGACCCAGUUCGUGAAAUCGGUUAGGAAUGAGAAUAAAUGGAAAGAAUCUAUAUGGGGGAGAAGAAAUCGAGGUAAUAACAACAAUGGGGAAGGUGAAAAUGGGUCGACCCGUUUGAGUUAUGGUUCGGUAGUGAGUUUCUUGGCGAGUGAACUCGAUCCGGAAAACUCGCUUGCUGGUUUUGUUGAUCAUGUUCAUAUGAAUUUAAGAAGAUGGGCGGCUUAUCCAAUGUUAUUAGGAAGAUUAAGAAGGAAUUUCAAACAUAUCGCAUUGAUAGAUGUAAGCCAAAUCUUGAUCAUCGGAGAUCCAUUAACUCGGGUCAGAACUCAGUCACCGGAAUCAGUCGAGUUUUUCACCGAUUCGGAAACAACCGGCAGGAAAACACCGGCAAUUGUCCCGGGGCUCGUAAUUGGAGGAACGCGUGGUGUUCGACGAUUCUCCGCAACCUUGCUUACGGAGAUUGUUAGAGUUUCCGGCGGUGGUGUCGGAAACUCGCACAAGAAGAAGAAUGUGGUGGUUUCCGAAGCGGGAAUUUUGGAUAGAAUUGUGAGAAAUGAGUAUUUGAUGAAGAGUGCGAACGUUGUGGCGGAGGUUGAGUCGAUUGGGGGCGAAUCGAGUGAUUCGAGUUCACUCGACUCGAAUGUGAACUCGAACGGUGUGAUUUUGAGACGUGGAAAUAGGAAUGGGAGAUUUUGGUAUCAUCUCUUAUGA